CGCCCGCAGACACGUCUGCCCCAGCAGCGGCGGGGGCUGACGGCACAGUUCCCGCCUGGUCCCGUGUCCGUGCUCGCCUGCAGCGGCAGGGAAGUGGCGGCGCUGGACGCGGAACCGCGCUGGCAGUUGCGCGAGGUGCUGGCGGCGCUGCCCGAGGACGAGGACGACGGGUCGCUCGGGAGCGAGAGGCGCAUCUUCCUCGGCGAGGCGGAGCUGCGCGGGUCUCUGACCCUGGCCGAGCUGGGCGCCACGAGCGGAUGCGCGCUGACUCUGGUCGUGACCUCGUCGUUGUCGAUCUUGUGCGGCUACGCGAACAUGGCGAAGAUCUGGUCUUCGGAGCCCGCCAAGUGCCUGCGCACCAUGAAGGGCCACAGGGAUUCGGUGCUGUCUGUUGCGUUCUCCCCCGGCGGAGAGCUGGUGCUGACAACGUCGUAUGACGGCACAGCCAAGGUGUGGUCUGCGACAUCGGGGACGUGCACGUGUUCGCUGGAGGCCGCCCGGGGCCGGGGCUCGCUGCUGUCCGCCGCAUUCUCGCCCGAUGGGCUGAGGGUGUUGUCCUAUUCGGGCACGAGCGUGGCGAAGAUCUGGUCGGCCGUCUCCGGCGAGUGCCUGCACAGCCUGGAGGGCCACCAGGGCACGGUGCGGGCCGCAGAGUUCUCGCCCGACGGUCAGCAGGUUCUCACCGCGUCGGAAGAUUCCUCUGCGUGGGUCUGGUGUUCUGCCUCUGGGCAGGUGCUGCACACCCUAGAGGGGCACCUGGAUUCCGUUCUCCUUGCCGUCUUCCUGCCAAGCGGACGGCAGGUGCUCACUUGUUCGAGAGAUCGCACGGCGAAGAUGUGGUCCGCUUCUUCUGGAGAGUAUGUGCGCAUGCUGGAGGGCUUGCAGGAUGUGGUCGUGACUGCUGCAUGUUCAGCGGGUGGGGAGGAGGUGCUGACAACUGCGAGAGACCGCGUGGCAAAGAUUUGGUCUACAACUUCUGGACAGCUCAUGCGCGUGCUGGAGGGCCACUGGGACUUGGUGAUGUCAGCAAUUUUCUCGCCCGACGGGCAGCAGGCGUUGACCACGUCGAUCGAUCCGUCGCACGGCGAAGGUCUGGUCUAG